GUUUCGAUAUACACAUUUUUUUCCCGUAUUUUCGGCCGGGUUGUAUUUUCGGCCGAGAUGGCGUUUUACAAAACCAACAAAAUGACAGUAUAAAAACAUAACCUACAAAUAUUCAAACAAAAAUAAAAAUGAACGAAAAUAAUAUAGAUUAUAAAACUGCGUGGGUAUUAAUACAAAAGGUUUUCCCGAUUUUGGAUGAUAAUACAAACAUAAAUCACUUGGAUGGAACUGCAACAAAAAAUGAAUUUUAUGAAGUUACUGAUGUGGUUGUUAAACUAAACAUUUCCAAGUUGAUUCAAGAUUUUAUCAUAGAUAAAAUAGAAUAUAGAUUUAGAAAGGAAAUCGCCCCGGAAUUUUGGUCCUACUUUGGUCAUAAAAUAGAUCAAAAUAGUACAGAAUUAAAGGGAUUUAAUCAGUUUUACGAUGCAGUAAACUCCUUAUACCAUGGAUAUCAAUAUAUGGCUCGAAUUGUUGCUAAAUUGGAUUUAUUUAGGCAAGCCACUCAAAUUGGUGAUUUUGUUUACAAUGAAUCUGAUACACAAAGUGCCUUACAGUUGAUAUGUAAAUCAACAUUAUUGUUUCAUUUAAAUUUGGAUUAUCAAUCUGUUAUAAUGAAUUUCUAUGAAACUGCAUUAAAAAUUGAAGACACUGAUGAAAUUAAUACAGAAGGCCAAUGCUUUAAUUGCCUGCAUGAAACACAACAAUGUAAUUGCAUGUAUCUUUUUAAGGAAACAAAUAGAAAACUUGGCGAACUCUGUCUUUUGGAACCUCUUUGUGGUCAAACAAUUACAAAUUUAAUUUAUAAUUAUAUUUAUUCUCAUAUUCAAAAAUUGUGUAAGGAUAGUUUUGAUUCUCAAUUUAUUGGUCUGCUGGAAAAGUGGCUACAAGAAGUUGCAAUAAAAUGGUUAAAAACUGUAUAUUGUUUUGAACCAACUAAUUCUUUUGAAAAAACGUUGGAAAUAUUAAAUAUUAAACUCACAAAUUUUUUAAAUAAUUCCUAUACAAAAAUUAGAAUAGAGCAGUUAUUUAACAUUAUUAUAGAGUAUCCAGAAUCUUUACCUGCCUUGGAAGAUUUAAAGUUAUGUUUACCCAGGACCGACUUAAAGCCUUAUUUAACAAAAACUUUGCAAAGGGCAAUGGAAACCAGGCUUUUGCAUCCAGGUGUUAGUACUCCUGAUGUUUUAACUGCAUAUGUAGCUACAAUACGAUCCUUAAGGGUUCUAGAUCCUACUGGUUUAUUAUUGGAAACAGUUACAUGUCCAGUACAUAAAUAUUUAAGGUCCAGGGAAGAUACAGUUAGAUGUGUUGUUAGUAGUUUAACUGAAGAAGGUCCUAAUGAUUUAGCAGAAGAAUUGGUAAGAGGGGAAGCAAUUCGUAUAGAUGAAAAUACCACAAUGAAUGAGGAUGAGGAAAAUUGGGAAACCUGGGUUCCAGAUCCAGUUGAUGUAGUUUCAACUAAGCCCACAGGAACACGCCGCACAUCGGACAUCAUUUCAAUGUUGGUAAAUGUUUAUGGAAGUAAAGAAUUAUUUGUGAACGAAUACAGGACAAUACUAGCCGACAGAUUACUUACGCAAUAUACUUGCGACACGGAAAAGGAGAUUCGUUACUUGGAACUCCUAAAACUCCGAUUUGGCGAUUCACAUCUACACUAUUGCGAGGUGAUGCUAAAAGACAUAGCGGACUCGAAACGAAUCAAUCAAAAUAUCAAACAAGACUCUGAAUACAGUGAAAAUGAAAUACCUAUGUCAACAAUGAUUGUUUCAUCACAAUUUUGGCCUCCGUUUAAAGAAGAAAAAUUAAUGGUUCAUUCAAAACUCAAAGAUCAAAUUGAAAUAUAUACCACGGCGUUUGAAAAAUUAAAAGGAAGUAGAACGUUGUGCUGGAAAUAUCAUUUGGGGAUAGUCGAUCUUGAGUUGAAAUUGGCUGAUAGAUCUUUAAAUUUUUCGGUUUCUCCUAUUCAGGCAACCAUUAUAAUGCAUUUUCAAGAUAAAAAUGUUUGGGAAUUGGAAGAAUUAAGCAAAAUAAUGCAAUGCCCUGCGACCAUACUAAGAAAGAAAAUCGGAUUCUGGCAAUCACAUGGUGUUAUAGUUGAAAAGCAACAGGACAUUUUUAGUAUUCAAGAAGGUUUGCAACCCAACGAAAACAAUAUUCAAGAAGACUUAUUUGUGGAAGAUUAUGAAUCAGAAUCGGCAAUGGCUAGUGCACAAGAUCAAAGAGAAGAAGAGUUACAAACAUUUUGGUCAUAUAUUGUUGGUAUGCUGAUGAAUUUAGAAACACUCCCAUUGGAUAGGAUUCAUCAAAUGUUAAAAAUGUUUGCGUUUCAAGGUCCAACACUGGAAUGUAGUUUACAGGAAUUAAAAGUAUUUUUGGAUAGAAAAGUUAGAGAACAUCAAUUAAUUUUUUCUGGGGGCUAUUAUACAUUACCUAAAUAAAUGUAAUUAAAU